AGUCGGUCAGACAACCCUCACCUGGUCCCUUCUGCCUGCCCAUGGCGAAUACCGAGCAACACUUUGCUUAGAGAGGCCUUGUUCUCCAGUGUGAUUGCACCAACGCUGCUCUGUGGCUUUCUCUACCUGGUGUGGGUUGCUGCUGCAGUUCCAGAGGAAAGCAGAGGGAUGGCCGGGAGUGGAGCCAGGAGCCGGGAGGGCCACCGGGAGCAUGCCUUUGUCCUGGAGCCUUUUGAUGGAGCCAAUGUGGCCCCGCACCUCUGGCUAUACCGCUUUGAGGUCAUCAGUGACCUCAACCAUUGGGACCACGCCACCAAGCUGAGGUUCCUGAAAGAGUCCCUCAGGGGAGACGCCCUGGAGGUCUACAGUGGACUCAGUCCUGAGGACCAGGGGGAAUACGGGGCUGUGAAAGAGACCCUCCUGAAGACCUUUGGGGGACCCAGGGCGGCCCACAGCUACCAGCCCAAGGAGAUCCUCUUUGCCAACAGCAUGGGUAAGGGCUACUACCUCAAGGGGAAAAUUGGCGAAGUGCCCGUGAGUUUCCUGGUGGACUCUGGCGCCCAGGUCUCCGUGGUCCAUCCGAGCUUGUGGGAGGAGGUCACCGAUGGCGACCUGGAUACCCUGCGACCCUUUGAGAAUGUGGUGAAAGUGGCCAACGGGGCUGAAUUGAAGAUCCUGGGUGUCUGGGAUACAGAGGUGUCCCUGGGCAAGCUGAAGCUGAAGGCAGCUUUCCUAGUGGCCAACGCAAGUGCGGAAGACGCCAUCAUUGGGACUGACAUGCUCCAGGACCACAACGCCGUCCUGGACUUCGAGCAUCACACGUGCACACUGAAAGGGAAGAAGUUCCGCCUUCUGCCUGUAGGAGGGUCCCUGGAAGACGAGUUCGACCUGGAGCUCAUAGAGGAGGAGCCCUACUCAGAGGAGGGGCGGCAGCAGCUCUCCUAUUGA